AUGAUUAUCGCUCACGUUGAGACCGCGGUCAAGUUCAAGAGUUGGCUGGUGGCUUCGCACCCCGAUGCCAGCCGGGCUGCGAGGACGGUACGGGAGAAGCUGCUCAAGAAGCAUUUCUUCUUUCACGAGUCGCCUGAGAAGCCUGGACAUUUGGAGGAUCCUGGCGCACUGGGAUGGAUCUGGCUGCUCUUCGGCAGAUGCCAGGAGGAGCAGCGGAGCCCGACCGGUUACCUCGGUCGUUGGACGCAAAUCAGUGCUACGCUACCUUCCAGUCCGAACUGGCCUGCCAGCCCGACCAAGCCGUUUAUGCCGGGACCAGGACGUUCGACCAGUGAGAUGUCACUUUCCGGCAGUUGGGUGGAGCACUCCGUUCCCUUGAAGAUGGCGCGCUCCAUUUUGGCACCAAGGCUGGUGGAGUUGACUGCGUGUCCAAGCUCAGGAUCUGACGGGCACUCCAAGUGGUUCCUCCAGAAGACUUUGUUGGAGCACGACAAGUCCAUGGAUCACCCGUGGUGCUUCGACUGCAAAACCGAUACCGUCCAAAGUCUCAUUGACCACGUUAGACUGUUGUACAACAGCUGGAUGCAGAUGAUUUACAAGCAGAGCUUCAGCUUGAAGCAGUACGCAGCAUGGUUGGCGUUGAACCACAAGGUCUUCCAGGCCAUGGAGGCGAAGUUCGAUCCUUCCGCGGAGCCGAUUCGCGCAGUUCAUGAUGACGCGCUCGCGCGGACCCAGAACUUAGAGGCAGACUUGGCUCGACUGAUGGGCCCAGAGUGGACUGAGGAAUCGGCAGGGAUCUGCUCGGCGUCUUCUGCUGCGAAGCAGUAUUUGAAAGGCUUUGAAGUGGACGCGGCUGACCCGUACUUGCUGCUGUCACAUCACUUCCUGCAGUACAAUGCAGUGCUCAGUGGUGGUGCUUACUUGGGAGAGAUGGUUUCACAGAAGCUGUGUGUUCCGCACGGCGCCCCGGGUGUGAAAUUCUACCACUUCGAAGGAGUGCAGCCUGGCAAAGAGCCAGCGCGAGUGCAAGAGUACUUGAGGGCAUUCGACCAGCUGCAGAUCGAUGAGGAUGCGCGAAGACGGAUGCUGCAGUCCAUGAAGCGUAUCUAUGCCGACACGGAAGCCAUGAUGACAGAGAUUUUCCAGAUGAACCCAGCAAGCGGCGUCAGCUACAAGACUUCAAAGGAGGGCUCGGAAGCCGGCGAAUUGCCGGCCCCCUGCAAAGAGCAGUUGACGCUGAGCCUCCAGGAGCUGAGGGAGUACACCGGCGACGCCGAAGGACGCAUCCUCAUCGGCCUUGCGGGAGAGCUGCUGGACGUCAGCUCUGGCCGAGAGAUGUAUGGGCCGGGCGGCGGGUACUCAGUGCUGGCCGGUCACGACGUGACAAGAUGUCUUGCAACGAUGUCUCUCGAGCCAGAGCAUUUGGACGAUUUGAGGUGGGCUCCGGAUUGCGCAGACGACGAAGAAGCCCUCACUCAGUGGCGGCAACGGCUGAAGGAGAAGUAUCCUGUGGCAGGACAGCUGGCUGCCUCGGCUGCUGAAGCGGGUGCAGAGGCGGAGGGUCUGCGGAAGCGACCAGCUGGCAAGGAGGAGGCGAAAGCUCCCGAAACGGCCAAGACUACAGAAGCGCAGGGCGACGGUGAUCGCUGCCCAAUCUCUGGGAAGCAAGGUACUUGCCCCAUGGCCGCCAUCAUGGGCAUCCAGAAACCUUCGGACAAGGCGCAGGCCAACCAGUCACCCACGGCUCCCUCUGGUGGAGCUUUCAUGGCUGGAAAGAGCCUCGUAGCAAGCGUUCAGAAAAAGAACUCCUUCGAGGAUUCUUUGCUGUAUCGGCUGUGCCCGCUGCACUGGGACGAUAAAACCAUCAAAAUGGUUUGCUACGAGUUCUGGUACACUGCACAGGGCCAGGUAAGAUAUGACGACCCGAUUGAGCUUCAAAGCGGCAGGGCUGAUGAAGAGACGCUGCAACUCAAUGUGAACCAGGUGGACGAAGACUGGAUGUACGGCCGGCUAGUGACGACAAGCAGUUUCUCCAUGAAGCUCUGUGAGGUUCUUGCGCGCUCCUCGUGCACUGCGUUCUACAACAUUGCAAUGCUGAAUUUACUAUCCGAGAUUGUUUCAACAAAGGAGUUGGCGAGCCGAUUCGACUCCUACAUCCUCAGCCUUUUCCUCAUAUCGCGGUGUCUUUGGGUAUACAUUGCUCAUCGGCGUGCCCAAAGGGCCCUUAUCCUGGACUGGCACGACAAGGGCGAGUACGUGACCAAUGUUGGCUUCUUUGGCAGGUUGGACCUGAUGUUUAGCAUCACGGUGGUGGAAAUGUUCUUGAUCCCAAGGAUAGUAAGAGACAUCGUGUCCCUGCUUCAUCCCGACAAGAGGUGCCAUCCAUUCGCCGCCUUUGGCGGAAAGCUGUAUGGUCCUCGUUCCUUCAUUCUGGGGUUCCCGACGAAGGACAUGUACAUCACCGAGAGCCUUCAUGGCAUAGUGUCUCAAGUGCCGGUUCUGGUGGCAGACGUCAUCAUCACCGUCAGCCUGUGUUGGACGCUGAGCGCCAAGAUAGGCCUCUUCUACUUCUCCAUUCCCGAAGACCGGGAACGUUGGUUGUGGUGCCGAUGCAUGACGUGGCUGGUGCUGGUCCUCACAGUUGUGAACUUUGUCUUGAAGGUGAUUUUAUUUCGGCGAUAUUUGUGGGCUCGCAGACGCUAUCGGGCCUGGCUCAAAGUGAAGCUGAACGACCCAAGUCAGCCCGAUGCGUGCAGGCGCGCUCUGAGAAAGGAGUGGCGUGCUUACUUCGGUGAGCUGAGCCAGGCCAGCCGCUCGCGGAGGUUUUGCAUGGAAGUUGAGGCUUGA